UGAGCGGAUUUCGUUAAAAAACCGUGAGAACGCAUUCACGCACACAUACAAAGAUACGCGAAGGAAUGUUGAUUCAAUGGAGAAAUCAAGCAAUUCAACACCACUCGGCGCUGGCGACCAAUCGAGAGCUUUUGAACUUAGCGGUUUCGCAUCCACGACACAGAUGGCUCUGCACGUUGUAAUGCGAAAUUAUAGGGGUGGGUUCGAAGGGGAAAUAUUGUUAUCUAGUCCGUUGAACUUUUAACAAUAAUAAUUUUGAACUUGUAACGUAUGUAACGGGAUACAAUAGCUAAUUUAGAAUAUUGCAUAUCAUUAGUUACAUUCAGAAAACGGUUACCUAUUUUUGGUUUGAUCAAUAAUUACGUUGCUAUAACUUUUGUUUAGGUUUCAUCAAGCUUAAGUCUGCAAAUACUUUUAAAUAAUAACAAAAAUGGCGAUGUGUUAUCAAAAACAUCCCUUUGAAAUUGAAUCAGAGGACAGACUAACGACUAUAAAUUCAAAAAUAUUUGAGAUUAAAAAGAAAAUUCAACUAUCAGAGGGUCAAAGAAAAUCCCACUACGAAGAAAACGAAGCAGAGAAAAAACAGAACAGUGACCUCAUAGAUACACUCAAGAAGGAGAUUCGUCUGAGGCAGUAUGAACUGGCACAAGCCAGAGAAGUGUUAGCUGACGAAGAAGCCCAGGUCAAGAAGUAUUUGAACGAUGUCUGCCCCAUUGGUAACAAAAGUGCCGAUAAGUUAAUACACAAUCUAGAUUUAAAAGUUAUAGAACAGAGGAAAAUUCUAGACUUGCUGAAAUAUGAAAAGGGUAGUAAGAAAAAGAAGUUACGCGAGCUGGAAGUUGAGUACGAGAAGCUGCUAAUAGAAAGCACGAAAAGCGAUUUGGUCAAGUCUAAAAGCAGUACGCGGGCUAGAAAGAAUGUGUCCCAUCUAGAAAAUGAAAUUCACAAAGUUCUCAUUCAAUGGACUGAAGCAGAAUUGGUUAAGAAAAAAUAUUUUUCUAUCAGGCAAGCUCUUGUCGAAGAUUCAGUUAAGUUUGAAAGUUCUCUUUGCCGCAUUGAAGAGUUAUUGGAGAAACAAAAGGAAGAAAUUCAAAAACUAGAGGUAGUGCGCGAGGAAGCUGCAGAGAUGAGAAUCCGCGCGACAGCGGCGACGGCAGCGGAGGCGGCGCGUGCUCACGACGCCGAGCACGGUCGCGCAGCAGAAAGAGCCUACUUUGCGCAGCGCUUCGAGGAAAGGAAGCGGGAAUUGGAGAAAUUGGAGAAGAGAAUUUUUCCACCACCUGUAAGGCCGGUGCGUCAGGAGUCGGCAAGGUCAACUGAAGCGGAGACAGUCGCAGAGGAUCAGUCCGCCGCCGCACAGAUGGAGGACAUCUUCCAAAGGUUUAUGAAACUUACAGGAGUAACAGACCCAGAAGAAGUAUUCGACAGGUUCAGGUCCCAGCGCGAGACGUGCAAGCGGCUAAGCUACCUGCAGCAGACCACAGAAGAAGAGAAACUGCAGUUGGAGCAAACGCAGACUACGUUGAUGGCAGAGCUGGACGGAUACAAAUUCGCUUCUGUUAGGGAUAAGGACGAGGGACAAGACGAAAUAGUAGAAUUGAAGGCAGAAAUAGAGAAAGAAGAAGUAAAAUAUAAGGAGUUAUUGAAGAAGUAUGAGGACCUUGAAUCAUUCCUUUUAGAGAUCAAGAGAUUAGUUUAUGAGUUGUGUAAAAUGUUGGACGUGAUAGGAGAGCCUGCCAUGCCGGAGUGGACGGCUGAAGCACGUGACAUUGGAGAAACUAUCGCAGUGUUGGCAGCGAGGUAUGGCGCUGCGAGGAUUCGAUGUGUCGAGCUGGCGCCCAAACAGAAGGACUACGCUAUCAUCGCUUCUAAUACGACCAGUGGAGCACCGUCCGUGACUGGAGUGAGCGCCCGAAGUCCCAGCACUCUGAAGGAGUCAGAGAAGGCCCUGCCGACGUAUAAAGAACUCGUUACUAAAGAACCUAUUAAAGCUCCACCAUCUGAUGAAGAGGAAGACAUUCCAUCCCGGUGCUACCUGAAGCGACAAGCGCAGCUGAUCGUUGAUACUAAAUGCAGGAGGAAAGGGUUCCGGGCUCCUUAUCCCAGGAAGUGAAAACAAUAAUAUUGGCCCCAAUAUGUCCCUAUCCGCAGACCAAUUACAAAAUAAACAAGUUUUCAAGCCUAGUAUUUUUAUUGCAACAUUACGGCUGGUAUCUUUUAUUUUUGUGACAUGAGAAGAUCUAGUACCUAAUACUUGACUGAGUUUUAAUUAUUAUAAUCAUGCACUUACCUACCUACUACAAUUACCUAAAGACUGAGAUAGCAUGCUAAGUAAGACGUAGGCUUAAAGUAAGCGAUGUAGAUAAAGAUAUAAAUAAGAUAAACUUUAUAGAUAAGCUUGUUGGUCCAGUAGUUCGAAUCCUGGAACGGUCUAUGAAAUACUAAACUUUUCU